AUUAAAUAAUAAAAUGUUUUUUUUAUUAUUUUUAUUUAACAUUGUAGAUUUUAGCGUUUUGAUUUUGGAAACAAAUCCCAUUGGCAUUUCAUGUUUGGUUUUUACGAAGCCUUUUCUUUGUAUGUCUUAAUGCAGUAAAGAGACUUGAUUUUUUUUAAUUUUUUUUUAAAUGGAACAACUUGGUUUCGUUUACAACGCAUUUUCUUAUGUCAAAUCUUAACGCAUCUCUGUAUAUAUAUAAGAAGACAACUCGCUUUGACUUUUGCGCCCCCCCUCUCUCCACCCCCUCCUCUUUUGUUCCAAAAAGAGCUGUCUUGACAAAUCAAGAAUGUGGUUGCAGAGAGACAGCUGAAAGGAAAAUCGUCGUGUGGAGGGUUUUUUUCCAGUUCGUUUUUUUUUUUCUCACUAUGCGUAAAAGAACCAAGCGAGUGAAAAAGAAAACGGACAUGUCGCAACGAGACGCCUCUUGAGUUUAAAAUAACGAAAAAAAGAGAAACGUUUUUUAGUCAUCAUUUAUUUUUCAAGAGAGCAACAUCAUUCUCGCGCAGGACUAUAACCGCAUUGAACCGCGGGACUGUACUUACAACGCCGUUCCAGUUUCUGACUGAAAUCUGAAAAUCUUACAAAAGAACGCACCGUGGCUCAUUCUUUGAAAAGGAACAUACCCCUCCAAAAACAUUAUUUUGAUCCGUUUUCAUAAACAGCGGGACAUCUAUGGAUGGCACCAAUUCGUGGAUGCAAUUGCUUUUUUAAUUGGACAGUUUGGAUUUCGUUGUUCACGAGUUUAUUUUAUUUAACAGAUAUCUUUUAAAAUAUUUUGUAUUUUGGGGCGUGUAAUAUGUUUGCCGGCCCGCACCCUCUGGUUAACAUCCUGACUCUGACGGGACGUCUUUAUAUUAGAGACGUGUGUCUUUGACAAUCGGAUAUGUUUCUGUAUUUACUUUAUAUAUAUAUAUAAGAAAAAGGGUAUUUCUUUCAAAUUCUCAUUAUGAAGCCGAUUUGCAUUGCAUGGUGAAAACAGAUUGUCUUGGAAGGAGGAUUAGCGUAAAGAAAUUAGCCUACGUAUUUCCUUAAUUCCGAAGCACAAUAACAAGACUGCGGUAAAGAAAACGGUGAAACUGUACCAUCAUAACGGGAAUAUACCGACUGCGUCUGGGAUGUGGAAUUCGUUUGUCUAUGUUGUGGUAGUAUACACGUGUAAUAUCUGACCGCCAGACUCGCCAAGACUUCAACUAACUCUGUGUACUUUACAAAUAUUUCUGCAGUGCUUCUGUAUCAACAACUCGCUGCUGGAUGCGGUAAACGUUUUUUGAGGACUGGUAAUCCGUAUAUCCCUCCACCCAAAACGCAAGCAAUAGAGGUCCAGUAACACCACCACCAACUACCUGCCUUCAUCAACUCCCUUAAAAUGACUUCGCCCCCCUUACCAGAAUGGAAGGUCCAGCUACUGGAGAGGAAGAGGAGGGAGGAAGAGACGAGCCGCCAACGAGAGAAAGAUCAGGAGGAGCGGCUGGCCAACAUGCCAGCCUGGAAGAGGGAGAUAAUCGAGAGACGCAAAGCCAAGCAGGGGGCAUUGUCGGGGGGCAAUGCCAGUGCCGGUGCCUCUGAACCCGAGGUCAGCACAGCGAACUGUGUCCCUCAUCCCCUGGAAACCUCCCAAAGAAACCUAGAGCAGAAUAAAGCCGAGGAACACAAGGAGGAAGACUGUACAGUUUUGAGGGAGACAAUUGCCCCCAUUCACCAGAACCCCUUUAUCAAACUGCAGAGAAACCAGAAGAAUCAGCUGCUGGAGCAGCCCUGUCCCACAAAGGACGAUGAUGUAACCAGCUGCAGGGUUAAACAGAUCGGCGAUACUUACGGCCACAUUAUUCCCUGUGUCAGGACAAUCCAAGCGGAAAACAUCAUCAUUAUCAAAUCCGAGGACGCUCCUGUUGUUGGCAGACCACUUCCCGAGCAGGUGUUGAAAUCGCAGGGUGCUGAAGGGCACUGGAGCAGUCGGAUCGCGGGGGAUAGUUGCGUGACAGAAAUCCGCGCCUCUGAGAUCCUGAUUAUCAAGUCCUCUCUGAGCCACAGUGUGGGAGAUCUCAAUUCCCUCGUCGAUGGUGGACUGUUACCAGAGGAAGGGGGCAAGGAGCAAGGGAGAGUCAGCCAGCUUUUAAGCAAGUUUGGCGGGCAGGAGUGGAACCCAGGCCGGCCAAGCCGUUCCAGGAGCACCGAAAACAUCCUCAUGGACAAUCAGAAACACCAAACCCCGCACAGCUUCCUUCCUUCUUCACAAUGGGAAGCAACAAAGGUGGACGGAAAAGGGAAAAAGUCAGCCGCUAACCCUCCUGGUGGUUCUAACACCUUGCCCCAGGAUGCUCCCUUGGACAGAGCUCCACAUCGCACAGUGGUGGCUGGCUAUCGGAGUCAGUUUGAAACCACAUCGUGUGACACAAAGAGACACGAGCCCCCUGGGAGAUCUCUAAGCUACCCCAGCAGCAGCAGCAGCAGCAGCAGUGACUCCAGUAACUCUAUUAACAGCCAGCACAAGCACAGUGAGUUGUAUAUACAAUCCCAUAAUGAAGUCACUAAAGUAAGAACCACUGCAAUUCCCAGGCAGUACCCUCCCAUUGAUGAUGUGGUCAUCCCAGCGGAGGAAUUCAAUCCCAUUCCCAACACUGGUCUAAGGCAAGGUGCCAGUGACGAGGCUGCAGAGCCUAUCUUACCUGAUCUUUCUGUCCUCGGAGGCCGCGCAGCUUCAAAGGAAGCCAGCGACUGGGGGGCUUUCCAAAUCAAGCCAGCUCCCAGCCCGGAUUUCUCCCAAAUCCCAGAAGGUGACGUCCAAGCUCUGGCCCUGGCGAACCUCCGAGCACAAUCCCGUAACUCCUUUGUGGUGAUCCCAAAACGACCUCCCGGAAAAGAAGAAGAAGAAGAAGAAGAAGAAGGCCAAAGAGACUUCCACCAAAAACAGAGCCAGCACCUAAAGCAGAUUCCCCAUUCAGAGGACACCCACCAGCCUGUCUCCUCCUCCUCCUCCUCCUCCCCCCAGCCCCCACGUCCCCCUCCCUCCCCUGCCUGCCACACUUUUGACUCCUUGCCACAACAAAAGCAAGAGGCAGGGGGAGAAGGGGCGGAGGCUGCUGUGGAGACUGCUGCCGCGGCGACCGCCUCCUCUUUCAAACAGGAAAUGGGCGUCCCUCAUCAGCUGCCCUGCUUGUCGGUUUCCUGUCCCUGCCUUCCUUCAGAACCACUGCAAGCUUUAUCUGAGACGAGCCCUGCUGCCUCUCCUGCAGUGGUUUGGGCUGAUAACGCGGAAGAGGCCGGUACGAGAGAGAGCCAUCCUCACGCAGUCGCUGCUCCCCAGCCCCGCGAUGACACAACUUCUUCCACAAAGGAUCCAGACGCCCUUUUAGGAUCAGAAGGGACAACCGACAGCAACAUGAGUCGCAUUUAUAAUCUGAAGCCGGUGGUGACUAGGACUAAAAACCCUCCCCCAGGUGCUGCCUCUGUUCCUGCUCCUACAGCUGGUUUUCAACCAGAAAGCAGCCGCUCUCCUUUCACUGUCAGACCUACCGCUUCUACUGGUCCUGCUCUGCCUUCAGGGGCAUCUCUCUGUGGCCGGCCAGAAGGGGCGGAGGGACUCUCCCUACAGCACAAUUCUCAAGGGCCAAAGGAAUGUGCGCCCUUCAGGAGUUUAGGCAGGGGGCACACAAGGACCGGGGCCACUACAUUCCCACCUAAAGUGGCUGUAACAGCCCCAGAGCCUGCGAUCAAACUCUCUACCGCCCCCGCGAUGCAGAGAAAGGGCAAUACCAUUACUAUUAAUCCAAGGAAAAUGGCAGGCAGUGCCAACAGUGCUGGGGUUGGUAAAACAGCACCCCCUACUGUCGGGGCAGCAGCUGUGGAGAACGGGGGUGUUGCAGAAGGGGCGGAGAAUAAGAAGCGGUACCCCACGGUGGAGGAGAUACGGGUCAUUGGAGGCUAUUUGUCAUUAGACAAGUCCUGUCUGGCGAAAGGCGAUACGAAUCGGAAAAAGCUGCGCAUCUCAUUCAGCGACUCCCGGCUGGAGACCAUGUUCGAGUACCCUUCGGAGAGCUCUCUGCUGGCCGAGCUGGGAUUGGACGACGAGCCCGAGGCCCCGCCCCCUGGCCCGCCCGCAGCCGAGGAAGAGGAAGAGGAGGAGACGGUCAUGUUCACCCACAGGGUCAUUCCGGGGUCACCCACCGGUCGGGCUAAACCACUCCUUGUAGAUGAAUCCUGUCGACGAUAACAACAGCUGGGAUUAUCUUUACUUCUUAGAACAAAUUCUAUCAGCUUUGCUUUUUAUAUAAAGAAUGAUGGGAUUUUUCAUGAAAGUGAUCCUUGUACAUUUUUGUACUAUUUGGUUUCCCACCUGCUUACUGUCCUGUUGUGUGUGGCCUGUAUGCUUCUCUGUUGCUUUUUUGGUCCAGGCGUACUAACUAUUCCAUCAGAAACUGCUUCUGAAAAGGUUACUGAAGGCUAUCCAUGGGGAGUAAACAAAGCAAAUAAUGAUCUCAGUUAAACAACAAUAGAGGCUCGUGCAAAACACACAAUAGGAUAAUAAACAAGAAAUCUAAUACUAGGGAAAUGGAGAUGGUAUAAAGCACCCUUUAAUGGAAAUGAAAUGUCAAAUGAAAUGACUAGAAAAGGAGUGAGGCGACAAAUUCGAUUUUUUUUUUACCCACUAUGGAACUAUGAUCCUAAUCAACCUUUGACCGCCAGUGGAGGACCUCCAGCCAGUUGGCUAUCCCACAACCCUCCACAAGUUGAAACAUGGAUAAAAUUUCAGGGAACAACCACUGUACUUGCAGGACAGGUUGCUCGAGAAAGAUCUUUGCAUUUAUUGAAGAGUGGCCGAUGGGAUCAUUGAAAUGAAAAAAAAAACUGUGAAAUUGUGAGCAUCGUGAGAGCGCCAUCUGGUGGAUUUGUGCCGCUACUACACCUUCAGCUAUUAGGAAGAUUUGCAUCACCUUGAAUUUUAGACAUAUCAUUAAAGAAAUAAUAAUAAUAGAAAUAUAUAUGAAGCAAAAUUAGUUAAUUCUGUACGGUGCUGCAAAACUUUUGGUCAUAUCCAUACUCUAUGAUUCUUAUCAUUGAACUUGGAACAAAGCCUUUGAAGUCUAAAAAUAACUAAUCUCCAAAAUAUAGUUGAUAGUUUGCUUGAAUUCUUCCGUGAUAUGUUCAGGGAUACCCAGAUGUUUAUUAAGAAAGGAAGCCCAUGUGUUCUAUUGAUUCAUAUGGAGUAAGCAGGGUUACGAAUGGAAAGCGAACAGGUGUGUGAAUAUGUGUGAGUGAAAAAGAAAAGAGGCAAUUGAAACUCCCACAAUCAGCCCUUUAAUAAAUGUGUCUUUCGACGCACUGUAUAAACACAAAUAUAUUUUGCACUUAUAUAGAUAGAAUUUGUUAGUAGCUUUUUUUAAAAUACAAAAACUACCCAUUCAGAAAGAAUAUAUAUUUUAAUUAUAUCUUUGGAAAACAUAUGAUUCAUUCCCCCCCCCCCCCCACAUGCUAUAAUAUAUUUAGAUAUUGUGUAGGUUCAAUAUGUGUUCUGUGCAGCAGUAAGUAUACAGGGUGACUUGUGGACUAAAUUAUAGGAAUGGCAGAAUUAAUGCUCACAGUGCUGUACUGGGGACAGCCAAGCAGUUACUGCACUCAAACCUGCCUUUGACAGAGUUAGGUGAUGAACUUGACUGUAAUUACAAUUGCAGCACAGGCUGCUGGUGUGAGGGAAUCACACAACACUGCCUGUCACACAGGCUGCACCCCCUACUGGUCACAUUUUAUAUCGCAGUGUAAAAUUUACAGCACAAGCAGCCCCAUAUUAUUUAGCCUCCCUGUGCUUGACCCAUGUAUACUAUACAGAGAUAAGCGCUUGAAAAUAUAUGUUCUGUCUGUGUGGGUAUAAAGUUCACAGAAUGUUUUUUUAUACUUGUAACAAAUGCAUUUGCCAGCUUGUUGUUGAAUUUCAGUACACUCCACCCCACCGCGAAGGGGAUUGUACCUGAAAGAGAUCAUGUCUCUUUUACAUUUUCUUAAAGAAAAAGCAGUAUUUUCACUGUCCCUUUACCUUUCUCCUCCUGCGUGGUCUUAUUCCUCUGACUCAAACACUGUGUGACAGUGCUGUCAUCUGAGGCUUUGGGUCUUGAUGCCUGCCAUAGAUAUAUGUAACGCAGGCUAGAUCAGCUUAAGUGUCUUUACAGAAGUAAGAGCCAGCACCAUCUAGGGAUCUGCCACUUUGGAUCAAGUUUCCUUUUGUUUUGCUGGCAAUAGAUAGAAGUGCUCUAGAUGCUUACUAAUAUAAAGGCACUUUGGCUGAUCUAGUCUGUUACAGAUGUCUAUGGCAGGCAACUAGAACUGAAGAACAGCUCCUGAACUCACAUUAAAGCUCCCCAACACAGAUGUGCAGACAUAAAGAACACAAUAUUUGAGAAAUUGCAAUUAGAACCAUUGGAAAUGAUUGGAUGUCUCAUAAUAAAACAAGUUAAGGGAACAGGGGGGAAAUGACUAUUUAAGCUUCUGAAAAGACUCCCCGAGGCCAUCGUGAAGGGGGUGA